GAAACUUUUUAUUUCGUGUAUUAUUCUUGUGAUAUGCCAUAACUGCCAGUUAUUUUACAGUAUGAUUAGACAUUAUAAAGUCAUUUUCGAUAUGAUUGUACCCAUAUACGUGCCGUCUCGAGGAUAUCACGCGUUCGAAGAAUUAAUUUUCCCCUCAAGCUCAAUCCCGAGAAUAAAUACGGAAAAAAGCGGGAAAAUUUUCAAGGAGUUUACUAGCUCGCGCCUCUUUCGCACACUUUUUCUUCCUCGUUGGCCACGAUUCAAUUACGAGACGAGCAUUGUGUCUAAAGACACUUGCCAUAAUAUCAUCGAGCAGUAAACUGAUACUCGCACGAAAUCUCCUUUCUUACUUUCCUUCAUUCCAUCCAUAUUUUAAUUUUCUGUCCUUUGUUUCGUCGAAUGAACUUCUUUCACUUUUUUUGAUUGUUACCUGUAUACUCGUUUGCGCUUCACUUUUGUAUUUACUUUUUUUUAGCGUCCUCUCAUUUACUAUUCUAUCUGCCUCUCUUAAUCUAUUUGCUUCGCUUAUCUUGUUCGCGCAUCUUCCGUACUUUUUGUUUUCUCUCUUAUCGUACGAUUUUCUCGCUCCACUGUUCAUAAAAUUAUCCCUGUUGGCUCUGGCUCUCCCAUUUCCUUCCGCGAAUUUCUUUAUCUUCUCUUGUUGUAUUUUUUUUUUCAUCGUUGUCCUUUCAUCUCGUACAACUUUCUCUUUUCAGUCUCUCUCCCCUCUCCUCCUUCACGAGGUUUUUCCCCUCGUUUCGUCAACAUUCUUCUCUCUUUCCUCUCCUUCCUUUAUUCUAUUCCAUCCAAGUCUUUCACCACCCCCUUCAAUCUCACUAUCUCUUUCUAGUCUCAAAUUCUCCAAAUUGACUUCUCUCCUCAACCAACUCUUUCUUUACCUUCGUCAUCGUUUCUUACACUCUUCUUGCAUCAUAUUUUUCAUACUCUUCAAGACAUCUUGGUUAUUUUUCGAGCCAAAGGUAUCCUUCCUCCAUUUCCCAUCCCUUUUCCCUUACCUCUUUCCAUCAAAGCUUUUCCGCUUUCCCGUUUUAUUUCUGUCACUUCUCUCGUGCUCUUCCUAUUUUCUGACCAAUCUCUCCCGAAUCUCCUUACAAUGUUAACCUUCCCAUCCCUCUCUAUUCUCACCGAUCUCCAAUUCUUUCUUCCUUCGUCGUUACCGACGUUCCUCGCCGCCCACUUCCCUAUCCUCGCACUUUUUCCCUUCCACCAGCGUCCCGUCUUUUUCUUACCCGUCCUCCACCCCCUUGGCACACGUGCCACCACAGAUUUUCCACCACCGCUGUCUUUCUCGCAAAGCCACGUUUCCCCUUCCUAUCCACCCCUGCCAAUCCUCGUGCACCCCCGACUGGCUGCUCUCUCCCCUCCCAGCCGUCGUUCGUUUCUCUCGCGAUCCACCUCGGUAGCCGCCGCCGCCUCUCGCGGAUUUUCUCUCUCGUUUCAUCCCUCUCGGGUACAGCGAAAGCCGAUCCAUCGAUCUCUGUCUCGUCGGUGGUCGCGCUGUCUGUCGCCGACACCGUGCAGUGCGGAGUCAGUCCGGUUGCCUACCUCGGGCGCUGUUGACAGCCACCCCCGCGCGCGAGAAACUCUUCCCGAUGCCAGCCGCGUUACCAUCGUCUCCUCCACGAUAGUGGCGAGACCCCGUGACAGUGGCGAGUCUUCCUCCCGCGAGUAACUGCCUGCAUAAAACUUGCCUACGUGGUGUCGUUGUGUAUCUCUAUCUGGAGCUGUCGUUUCUUCACAGUGCGAGGACCGUGAGACCAAGCGGUAGUUAGUGUACUCGUUAGGGAAAUCUUGUAGUACGUGUCAGGUACAAGUGUUCGUUCCGUUUCCGAUGUGCGAGGCGGUUGUUGGCUUGAUACUCGAUCAGCAGUCGGAACGAGAUCGAGAGUAAGAGGCUAGUAGCCAGUGGUAGGAACGUUGAUAGGUGGUCGAGAGAGAAGAUGACGAAGUGGACGAAGAGUCGUGUGAGAUCAUGGUGGUGAAUGGUAACGAUAGCAGCAGCAGCAGCAGCAGCAGCAACAGCAGCAGCAGUAGCAGCAGAGGUAGAAGCAGAGGCAAACGACGGAAGCUAGCGCUUCUGGCAUGAACGACGAGGACAACAGUCUCGACGAGGCUCGCGGUCGCGGCGAUGCUUAUAGACGUGACGUGACCAGCACGUUCGUGUCCGUCUCGCCGAACCAACGCUCGUCCAAACUGAUUGAUCUCACUCGCGAUACCUGUGAUCCCUACGAUGAUGUGCGCGUUCGAUUGACGAUUGAUGGUGUACCGUGACAGCUUAACGCGUGUCUAAAGAAAUCAUCAGCAGUUGCAAUCGUGGAAGAAGAAGAAGAAGCAGACGAAGACAAAGACGAAGAAGAAGAAGAAGUAACCGGAAGAAGAAAGAAAAAGAGAAAGAAGAGGAAGAAAAGAAGCGGACGCGGUAAGGAAGCGGUAAAGAAGCAAGAAGGGAAGGAACGAGUAGAACGGUUGGCCGGGAAGCCCGCAAUAAACAGAACGGACUACUGUCCGGGGCGUGCAAUGUGGCUCGCGUGACACACGUCGUUUCUCACUGCACGUUUCUCUCGUCCACCUCCUCCGCGGGAGGAGACUCUCCCCCUAGGUCUCUCAAUAAACACACACGCUCCCGGUUCUAUUCUCCAAGCCGGACGGUAUAAUCCUUAACGACGAGGACACGCGUACCAGGGAGGCACGAUAGUAUGACGGUGAUGCUGCUGCAACGUUCAGUCACCCCGCAGUCGACGCACAGCCAAAAGACAGCGAACAAGGACUGCAGCGCGAAGCCGCCUUUCUUAUUCCUGCUCGACGACAGUCAGGAGCAUCGACACUCCAUCGACACGACUACCACGACGACGACUAACAACAACCUCAACAAUAACAACAACAACAACAACAAUAACAACAACAACAACAACAACAACAACGAAGUAUUUAAAGGCAACAGAAGAGACAGCAAUCGUUCGUACGUCGCCGACGAGGCGGCGGCGUCGGUGACGUCCCAAAGACGCGCCGACUGUGGCCAGGACGUCGCGAUGCGAUAUUACCGGCUCUGGAUCUACACCUGUAACUUGGUGCUGCUCGGUAGCGCGCUCGGCUUCGCCGCCGCGGUCUCGCGAACACUUUUAUUCACCGGCGAUCCACGCCGUUACGUGGUGCCGGGUGUGCCACGCGCGUUCGACCCGACCGCCCUUUACGCUUACUUGGCGUUGGCCACGCAGUUGGGCCUUGUGCAACUGUUGGGUUGCAUAGCGGCGAGGCGAUUGAGCGCCAGACUUUUGAACGCCUACUGGGUGCUGCUGUUGGCGUUGCUGUUCGGCGACGCGGUGAUCGGGGUCGCCUGGGUCUUCCGGUUCGAGAGGAUGCGCGCCGAGCUCAGGCCCACUCUCAAACAACGACUGCAGAUGGAGUACGGCAAGGAUCUACGAUUCAGCGAGCAGUGGGACCGUUUGCAGAAGGAGUUCACCUGCUGCGGCGUGACUGGCUCCAGAGACUUCGGUGGUAGAUGGCCGCAGACCUGUUGCGAGUCGACCGGCAACGUCAGUGACACUUGUUCCCAUCCGUACCCAAGGGGCUGCGAGGAAUCGUUGGUGAGAUGGCUGCGAAAAACGGCGGACUUGCUGUUCGUAUUAGGCUUCUGCGUGAUAGCGUUCGCGAAAUUAUGUUUCCUGGGUAUACUGCGCUACGAGAUAAGGGAAAUGAUACAGAAGAUACGGUUGCUACGUGAACCACCGCCGCCGGCGACCACCCUCACGCAACCGCCCUUCUCGCAAGUGAUACCGGAAGCAACUAACAACGGAAGUAUCGUUCGGCGCACGACUCUCCCUAAUGCUGUCACUCCUUCUGGGAAUGCAUCGUUGCUGAUCCAAACGGACGAGUGCAACACCGGAAGGCAUCCCCUGUUGGCGAACAAUCUGCAGGACGGUGGCGCGGACAGCGACACGAACAGCCACUGCGCGCUCAUCCUCGAGGAAACGACGCCCACCUCGGCGAACCACAACUGCGGCAACCGGGAGAAGAGCAACGGGAACAACAACUACGAGAUGCGAGAGUUCAAUAGGAGAUUGUGGCUGUCGAACGGCGGCAGCCCGGGCACGGGUAUAACAGCCGGUGGUCAAAGCAGGCGCACCUGACUAUGGAAGUGGUGGCGAAACACGUCGAACCGUCUCCUCUACAGGAGCAAUCGGUCCGCCGAGAUCACCGUGUAUAAGAUAGGUCCGCAGACCGGAGCUAAGGUUUCUAAAGAUUCUACCGACAUCACGAGCACACCAGCCCACAAUAAGCGAAUAACGUUCAAAGUUCUACGCGUCGCCAGGAAAGUGUAUCGUUGAACCGUCUUUUAUCGGAUAGGGUGCACUCCGAAACCCUGUAGUCGACGAUAGAGAGAUUUAUUUAAUAAAACUGUGAAAUGAAACUGUUUCUAAACCGUGGCUAGGCUAGACUAGGAUACUAACUUUGCCGUAUCUCGUUCGUUUACUCUAAACACCUAGCGACGCGACGAGUGGACGAAUCAUUUUAGCAACUACGCGCGAUUUUCAAGAUACACUUCCCUCGUGACAUUGUACACUGCAAGUGCAGAGUCUGCACGACGAUGCGGCCCAAAGUGCUGACGAACAGAGUAAAUUUCCUUUUGCGUGACGACACACGACCGGCCAGUGAAGCGAGAAUCGACACGAAUGAAUUGCAAGGAAGAUCGAACGAGAGGCGAAGGGGCGAAAGAGAAAAAAAUGAAAGAAAGAAAGAAAGAAAAAAAUUACGUAAAAGUGAAAAAAAGAAAAAAAAAGAAAAGAAAAACAGAGGAGGUGCGUCGAAGCUGCACAAAGGGGGAAUAGGAAGGUCUGUGCUUGCCUUCCGACAUCCUUUCGAUUCUCUUUCUACGCGUAUAUUCUUUACACACGUCUUUCCGUCCUCGCACGGUCGGUGAACAAAAAAAACGAAAGAAACCAAAAAGAAAAAAAAAAAGAGGAAGAAGAAAAAGAUGAAAAAUAAUCAAUUACUUUUGUAGAUUUAUUUUUUAGCAGUAAGUUUUCCUAUAUGAAACCAUCUCUCUUUGAAUCGAAGCGAACCAAAGAGCAUUUCAGACACGAGGCCGAAAUUAUAUACUGAUUUUUACCGCGCGAAUCACUGUCGCAAGUAGUAUGUCACAAAGUGCAAAAUGUAACUAUCGUGCGCUAUUAACUAUUUGAAAUGGUAAUAUUCCCAGCGAUCUGUUCCCUUCUGCCCCUUUUUAAUUAACAUUUGAAUACCGUUUAUUACAUAUCGUUAUAGCGCGUUUAAUUAGCGAAACGGUGGAAAUUGCUCUCCGCUUCUCCGUUUACCGCGUUUCCGACUUAAAACUGUGAACGCGAAGGUUGGGUUGAGCUGUAUCAACGCACUCGGUUGCAUUUAUAUAUACACGAUUGAGAGUACAGUGCGUUGCUCGCUAUCGAAAGUUUUUUAGCACACGUAUACCGGCGAGAUACGUAUAUCAAAGGUUAAUCGCUUAUCGUCACGCGAACGUUUAUUUUUACUUGUUUCUCUUUGAUGUUACGGCGUUCUUUUUUUUCCACCCCCCAUUUCCAUUUUUAUGGUAAAAAUUCUAGCAACGAACUCGUACUUUCGAAGUGGAACCGUCGAGGAUUACGAAGAAUGCGAUAGUUACGGGAGAAUAUUGUGGGAUACUACUGUCAAAUUGAUUCUCCCUCUGCGAAAAAAAUAUACGACUAUAUAGGAAACACGAGAAAAAAAAAAUAGAAAAUCUCUUUUUUCGACGAGCUAUACUAAAUAGUGGAGAUGUAAAAAAGAAAAGUAAAAA